AUGUUCCCGCCUCCAAGACCCUCUAAUCCCUUUGCAGGGGAUGCUGGAUCGAGACCGCCCAGCAGUGACAGGCGAGAGCAGUCCUUGUCGCUUAUUUCCACCAUGGGCAAGGGCAACAACAGUCCCAUGCCUGGAUAUGGUAGUAGCGACCGUAGUCCCUUGACCCCCCUCGGAACAAACGGAGCUGUGGGAUUUGGGACGGGAAUCCGACAACGUCGACUGCCAAACAAUGAUACGCCGACAAGUCUUGCUGGUAAUAAUAACGGGUUUCCACGAGAACCGAUUCAGGGUCCACCGCGUUGGAGUCUCUCCAUGAGCAUGGGAGCUGCUGAGGCGAAUGCGUUGGGUUCAGCGGCUCCCGUUCCAAAUGAGGUGCCCCCACACAAUGACAACGCCAUUGUCCCUCGUGCUUUUGACGAAUUCUGGAUCCUAGUAUUUGGAUUUAGCACAAACCAACAGUAUGAUGAGGUCCUUGCAAAGUUCAAAAACCUAGGGAAUGUCGUCUCUAUCAAGGGAGUUCCAAUGGUCAACGGAUCGAGAAACUGGGUGGCACUGAGCUACGAUAGUCAACUGACAAUGGAAAAGGCCGUUGGUGAAAG